AUGAUGAAAGAAUCAAAAGAUGAAUUCACAACCAGUGAGAACAGAGAAAAUGCUGCUAGCACGGUACCCAACGGGGUCUCCAAAGAUAAGACAAAACUCCUGAGUCUGCUGAAAGGUUUACGGUUGUGUCAGGAUGCGUGGGCUCCCAAAAGUCCCUGGGACAGUCAUGGAGCACAUGCCGCUCUGUGGGGCAGACCUGCUGGGAGUUUCCUGGUGGUCCAAGACUCUUCGUCUCAAGACCAGCUUCUGUGUGUGUCUGUGGGGGACAGAGGGGAGCCGGUCAAAGAAUUCCCUAUCUUAAGCAGUGGAACAGCUCUUCGCUUGACGGCAUCACACCUGGCUUUCCCUGAUCUCUUUCAACUGCUGCACUUCUACACCGUGAGCAGGGAUGUUUUGCCUGUCUGUUUAUUGGUUCCCUCAUGGGUUUACACCCUUAACAGUCUAUCAGAUCAUCUUGUUCCUCUGCUUGGUCCAAAGACCUGGCUGUGCCCCUCUUCAGAUCCGCUGAUUGGCAGUAUGACUCCAGAAACACAAGAUAUAGCAGAAACGCCAGAAGGGGAGCCGGUCAAAGAAUUCCCUAUCUUAAGCAGUGGAACAGCUCUUCGCUUGACGGCAUCACACCUGGCUUUCCCUGAUCUCUUUCAACUGCUGCACUUCUACACCGUGAGCAGGGAUGUUUUGCCUGUCUGUUUAUUGGUUCCCUCAUGGGUUUACACCCUUAACAGUCUAUCAGAUCAUCUUGUUCCUCUGCUUGGUCCAAAGACCUGGCUGUGCCCCUCUUCAGAUCCGCUGAUUGGCAGUAUGACUCCAGAAACACAAGAUAUAGCAGAAACGCCAGAAACAAUCAUGUGCACUAUACAGGUUACAGCUGCCAGUGGUGCCAUGUGCUUCAUCAAUCCCUUGUACCUUCAAGAGCAUGGUGAUGAUUGGCUUACUCAUUCUUCAGCCAGCACAGUCAAUCUUCCAAUGAACUUGAGGCGAGACAAGCGGUUAAGUACCACGAGAGCAUGGGCAGGAAGAGGACUCAAACAGAGGUCAUCUACACUAUCUGAUGACAGCUCUAGCAGCUUUGACCAUGACAGAGGAUCAUUUGAGAAGAAUCCAGACUCUUCAGCUACCCCAGGUGGAGUUGUGCUUCGAAGGGCGAGUGGCGCCAGCAAGGAAGACCCCCUAAAAAGAGCAAGUGUUGACUCCAUUCAAAGCCCUCUCCCUCAGUCACCACACCGUGUGUCGUGGAUAGAAGACAAGAUAUGGCUGAACUCAUCACUUCCUUCCUCUCUGCUUCAACCGCCCGGCUUAGAGCUGGACUCGCUGUCAAUCAGCAGUAUAGAGGAGGAGUCUGAACCAGCUUUAAGCCCAUCCCUGCCUUCGCCCCGCUUCCAGCUGGCAGAUAAGAUGAAGAACCGCCUCUCUGCCGUGGGUCAGGCUCUAGGUGGACUUGUGUCGCCACAGCGGAGACUGAGUAAACGUGUUCAGGAGAUGGCGGAACGGAAGGGUGGGGCUUUUGCAGAGACUGUCAGGGGAUUUGUUGUGCUAACUCUUGCAAGCGGCGUCAGUCCUGGAGUGACCUGCACAGAGAUGCUGCAGGAAGUGCGUUCGUCUCUCACUGCUCUGAGGAGAACUCUGUUUGAUUGUCCAGAGAUCCAAAGCAUCACAGACAGCGUUGGAGACACUCCGGAUUUUGAGCUGGAUGCUAUGCUGGAGCUUGCCUUACAUAAAGUAGCUCUGAAGCCAGUUUACUCUCACCUUUACGUAUAUCUAAAGACAGCACGCAGGGAUGAUGGCACUCUGCAGCGUUUAGAGGCCAACAAGAGCACCCUGGAGAACCGUAGCCUGGAGGAGCUGGAGGGCGCAGCAGGGGCCGGGGUACCUGAUUCCAGCAUGAUGGAAAAGAUCCAGCAACGCUGGACCACAAUGCAUGAGGCCUAUUCGCCCAGUAAAAAAGUUGACACCCUACUCAAAGUCUGCAAGAAUAUCUACCAUAGUAUGAAUACUAAUGCCAAGCCUGGUACGGUCUUCGGGGCAGAUGACUUCCUGCCAUGCCUGACAUGGGUGUUGCUGCGUAGUGAUGUAGCUACACUUCAGGUUGACACUGACUAUAUGAUGGAGCUGCUAGACCCCAUGCAACUACAAGGAGAGGGUGGGUACUACCUUACGUCUCUCUACGCUGCCCUUUUUUACAUCAGCAGCUUCCGGCCUCGUCUAGCGAAAUUCCUCUUCCAAUCUACUUAUGUAGGCCUCCUAUGA